CGGACUCAUUCACCGUCUCAAAGACGACAGCGAAAACACCCAGAGCAAAAACAACUAUUGAAGGUGUCAGGUCCAGCCGCAAAGUCAUGGCCAGUUUGUCUCCAGAACAAAUUAAGCAACUGGUGGACCAGUCCCACCAGGCGAAGGAGAAAGCUUACUGUCCUUACAGCAAAUUCAGAGUGGGCGCUGCUCUGAUCACCGAGGACGGCCAUGUGAUCACGGGCUGCAAUGUGGAAAACGCAUGCUACAAUCUGGGAAUAUGUGCUGAAAGGAAUGCCAUGGCAAAGGCAGUAUCUGAAGGCCACAAAAGCUUCAAGGCCAUUGCAGUUGCCAGUGACAUGGCUGACCAGUUCAUCACCCCGUGUGGAGGCUGCAGGCAGUUCAUGAGAGAGUUUGGGUGUAAUUGGGAUGUUUACAUGACAAAGGCUGAUCGCACUUACGACAAGAUGACUGUGGAGGCGCUGCUGCCCGUCUCUUUCGGACCUGAUGCUCUUGGCCAGACAGCUUCCAAAUGAGUACUGAAGGCUCCUGACAAUGUGACAUGCACUCUGUUUGACAUGUAGAAAUUGUGCAGCACUUAUACGUGUGAUUUCUCAUUUCUCCCAUAAUUCUCAAUAUUACAGGCCUGAAUACGAUGAAAAUGUGGAUUUUAAAGAAAUCAGCUCAAGCAUGACAGAAAAUGUUCAAACAUUUUAAUAAAUAAACACAAUAAAAGAAA